AUGGCGAUGGCGGAGGGUGAGCGGCCUGGCUGUGGGCCUCCCCCCCGGGAAGAUCCGCCGGCUGACGGUGCCCUGAAGCGGGCCGAGGACCUCAAGACGCAGGCCAACGAGUACUUUAAAGGCAAGGACUAUGAAAAUGCAGUCAAGUUCUACACCCAGGCCAUUGAGCUAAACCCCAACAAUGCCAUCUACUACGGCAACCGCAGCUUGGCCUACCUUCGGACAGAGUGCUAUGGCUAUGCCCUGGCAGACGCUACGCGGGCUGUGGAGCUGGACAAGAAAUACAUCAAGGGCUACUACCGACGGGCCACCAGCAAUAUGGCUUUGGGCAAGUUCAAGGCAGCACUUCGGGACUAUGAGACGGUGAUGAGAGUCAGGCCUAGAAACGGGCGCUCGGUCAGCAAGCGAGGCGUGAGCUGCCAGUUUGGGCCGGACGUCACCAAAGCCUUUCUUGAGGAGAACCGGCUGGACUACAUCAUCCGUAGCCACGAGGUGAAGCCUGAGGGCUACGAGGUGACCCACGACGGCAAGUGUGUCACCGUCUUCUCGGCCCCCAACUACUGCGACCAGAUGGGCAACAAAGCCUCCUACAUCCACCUCCGGGGCUCGGACCUGCGGCCCCAGUUCCACCAGUUCACAGCAGUGCCUCAUCCCAACGUCAAGCCCAUGGCCUACGCCAACACGUUGCUGCAGCUCGGGAUGAUGUGAGGGGGCCGAGGGGCCUGGGCCUGACCGGCCCGACCCUGCCUGCGCCCCGGGAGGCCGCCCGGCCCGGAACUUGGGAAGCGGAGGCGUUCCACCUGCUUUUACUUUGUAAACUUUGUAUUUAUUCCCCCACUUUGGUUCGAGGGGGCUGCGUCCCCAGGACGACGGGCAUUCGUGGGCCGGGGCUUCGGGGGGCUCGCUGCCCCGGGGCAUUCUGGGAGGAGGAGGCAGGGAGAGCCGGGAGGGAGGCGGGCAGGGCCAGGGGAGCUGCUCCAACCCCUUCGUUUGCAUGGCUCUGCCCCCUCCCCAGCCCAUCACUGAAGCAAUAGGCCCGGGGCCAAGGUCGGGGCUCCUCUCCCUCCAUCACCAAGGGCUCUUAGUCUCCCAGGGCCCCCCGGAGGGGCUGAGAGCCAGCCCCAGAGCCCCCCAAGCUAUUUUACUGUGUAAUUAAAUAUGUUAAAAUAAAGUCAUUAUUGUAAGCCGACCUGGCUGGGGAUGAA